AUGGCAAAGCCUCGCUCACUCAGUGCCACCCGCAUUGCACCUGCUGUUGCUCAGAAAGCCCCUUGCCUUAACGCCGUCUAUCGCGGGGAAUUAACUCGUUUCUUCCUGCCAAGACGAAAGCACAUUCAUUCAGGCGAGACACAGGCACCGACGCAGACCGACACACAGACGAACGCAAGCACAUUCGAACAAGCAGACGCAACGAAAGCACGCUCUCAGACUGCGACACAAGCCUCGCUCGGGGUGACAUCCAGUGUCGACCUCCUCUCCCAGGCUCUGACGUCACACCUGCAGCAGGAUGACGUCAUCAACCGAGAGAUCCGCAGCUGCACAAACAUCAGUGAAGCUCUGCAAGCAAGGACCGGCCUCAACGACAACCAAAUCCAAGAACAGCAAGAAGCGAGCGCCCAGCUGGAAGCAAAGCGCAAGCAGAUGGAGGAGAGAAUCCGCCAGGCAGGGACCACCAAGCAACAGUUGCAAGAUCAGCUCCUCCAACUGCAGACGGAGGAGCUGCAACUGAAAAAUGAGGAAGUGCAGGCCAAGACAGAGAACCUUGAAGCCAAGUCCGCACUCCAGAAGGCAGAAGGAGAGAAAGCCCAACUGAACAACGAGAUCAGUCUGCUUACGCAAGAACUCCACCUUGCCAAGGAACAGAACAAACAAAUUGAAACGCAGAUUUCUUCCACUAGACAAAAGGUUACACAGUCCACCAGAACUAAGAACGAAUUGACACAGGGUAAAGAUACAAAAGCAGCUAUGAAAAGCUCCUUCUCCCAAAAUCUAAAGGAAGAAGAGACUCUAAUCAAACGGCUCUCUGAUGAGAAUAGUCGUCUCGAAGAGGACAUUGAACGCACCAGAGGAACAGUCGCGAAUCUCACGAGGGCGAAGGCAGAGUUGGAAGAAAAGCUGAACGCACUGAACAUUCAGAAGGGAGAGUUAGAGAAGGGAAUACAGCGUGCUGGGGAAUCGGAGAAGUCGGUACAGGCUUCAAUCUCGAGAGUAAGCCAGGAGAUUCCGAAAGUUGAACUUCAGAUUAGGAAUAUCGAAAGAGAAAUGCGGUUUUGUUAGCGAUAUUGACCUCUUGUUCCAAGAUCUUGAAUAUGUCGAAAAAAAGAACUAUUACAUUAAAUAACUUGUCCCAUAGUCUGUUUGAAGACAUUACUUCUAAUAAACCUUAUUAAAUACC